UGUGUUUUUUUAGACAGAGUGCCAGCACGCGUUCAGAGGGAAUCGCACUGUAGCACCAAGUCCUGAGAGCGCUCUAGAGCUGGUGGCAAGGUCAAUCACUGCGUUUUUCUUCUCUUUUUUGGCAUAAAAAUUUUAUAUUCUUUUUUCAAAGGGGUUUGGCUUGUUCAAUGCGCAUACAUUGGCCUUUGCUUCACAGAGAACAUACAGAAAACUAAGGUACUAGAAACAAAACAAAAAGCAAGCACGCUCUCCUCUCUGGCUCCCCUUUUCCUAUACCGCAAGGGGAAACGCAUUACAAAUAUCUCCGUAUUUGAGACUAUAAUGACUGAUUCGCGCACUAGCUAUGGUCGCAGCACCAGCCGUCACGAGGAGAACAGCCGGCCGCGAGGCAUGGCAGCCACCGACGAUGCGGCAGCAAAGGCGGCAGCAAAAGAGGAAAAGCAGCGCAAGAUGCGCGAGCGGCUGGAGCAGUGGCGGAAACGCAAGGAGCAGGAGAAGCAGCAGUCUGAGCAACCCAUGAGCCAAGCGUCCUCGGUAGCCGGCGAUGAUAGUCCGAAUAGCGUCGAGGCAGGGUUUGAGUCGUUGCCAAGGACCAGCGGUGCCAGCACGCCACAGCCGCCACAGCCGGAGGUGCAGGAGAAGCCGGUGCAGGAGAAGCCCUUUGGAAAGACGCUUGGGCUGAAGCGCCCGGCUGGUGUGGUUGUAGCUGGCCCACCCCGGAAGUUUGGCAAGCUGGGACUAAAGCCAAAGCGGCUACUGGCGAGCUUGAACAUUAAAGGCAGUGUCAGUGGCAGUCGCAAUGAUGCAGCGGGAGAUAUGGCAGAGAUUGAUCCGCUGGAGGCGUACAUGCAGAAUGUCGCGACGCAGGUGAACAAUAACCAGCCCCGUGGGUCAGACGGGGAUGCGGCCAGGGAUCAGGUUUUGGGGGGCGACGAUGAUGUAGCCUAUGGCGACGAUGAUGACGAUGACGGCGCGGGCGAGGAUCCCGAAGACGUGAUUGCACUGGCGGCGAAGCGACUGAAGAAGAAGGACCUGGCAGCAGUGGACCACUCGAAGAUGAACUACGAGCCGUUCAAAAAGGACUUUUACAUCGAACCAGCCGAGGAGGUGGACAUGAUGCGGGUGGACCUGGGGGGCGUCAAGAUCCGUGGCAUCGACUGCCCCAAGCCCGCGCAGGAGUGGUCGCAUUUUGGGCUGCCAGCAGCGUGCGCAGAUGUGAUCAAGCACCAAGGGGCGCAGGCAGUGCCGGCAAUUCUGAGCGGGCGCGACGUGAUCGGGGGGAAGACACUGGCGUUCAUCCUGCCGAUGCUGCGGCACAUCAAGGCGCAGCGGGGGCUGGAAUCGGGGGAGGGGCCGAUUGGGCUGCUGGCAGUGCAGAUCCACCGCGAAUGCAAGCCGUUUCUGAAGCCGCUGGGGCUGCACGCGGUGUGCGCAUACGGCGGCUCGGCAAUCAAGGACCAGAUCGGCGAGCUGAAGCGCGGGGCGGAGAUUGUCGUGUGCACGCCCGGGCGGCUGAUUGACUUGCUGUGUGCGAACUCGGGGCGGGUCACGAACCUGCACCGCGUCACGUACCUGGUGCUGGACGAGGCGGACCGCAUGUUCGACAUGGGGUUUGAGCCGCAGGUGACCAAGAUUGUGCAGAGCGUGCGGCCGUCCCGCCAGACGGUUCUGUUUUCAGCGACGUUCCCGCGGCAGAUGGAGGCGCUGGCACGCAAGAUCCUUCGGCGGCCUCUGGAGAUCGUCGUGGGCGGACGGUCGCUGAUUCCGCCCGAGGUCGCGCAGCACGUGGAGGUGGUCGAGAGUAAAGACAAGUUUGUGCGUCUGCUGGCGAUCCUGGGCGACGCCUUCAACCUGAACAAGGAGACGCUGGCGCUGGUGUUCGUGGACCGGCAGGAGGCGGCAGACGGGCUAUUGCGGGACUUGAUGCGGCGCGGGUACGUGUGCAAUUCAUUGCACGGCGGCAAGGACCAGACCGACCGCGACCAGGCGGUGGCGGACUUCAAGAACCGGGUGUUUUCGGUGCUGAUUGCGACCAGCGUGGCAGCCCGCGGGCUGGAUGUGCGCGGGCUGAAUCUGGUGGUCAACUACGACUGCCCGAACCACAUGGAGGACCUGGUGCACCGGGUGGGGAGGACGGGCCGCGCCGGAAACAAGGGCGACGCAUUCACCGAGGUGGUCAAGGCAAUGAAGCUCAGUCACCUGACGCCGCCCACGCCUGUGCAGCAGCUGGCAGACCAGUUCCUGGAAAAAGUCAGGGCUGGCACUGCGCGGCACAGCAGCAAAAAGCUGGACAAGGACCGCGACCUGGUCAAGAAAAUCCAGAAGGUGUCGUAUGGCCACGCCAGCGGAGAGGCUCUGGACGAGGACGAGGACGAGGACGAGCCGCAGCACGAGCUUGACAGUGACGGCGAGCCAAUCGAGAUCAAGCGCCCAGUGACUGCCGAUCCGUCACCAGUAACCACUGAUGGUGAGAUUGUGCGACGUGCGGCCACCAAACAGCCAGCUGCACCGGAGAGCAGCAGCAUAUCAGCAGCGGCUGCUGCUGCCCUGCAGGCCGCGCAGGCCGCCGCACGCCGCUUCAACGUAGGCAGCAGUGCGCCCACAGCGGUCAGUGUGGUGGACCAGAUCAACCAGCAGCUGGGCACAACCGAGCCGCAGCCCAAACGGGACGCACCCAGCAGCGCCAUCCCGGUGGGGGCGUAUGGGUGCGAGCUGGACAUCAACGACUACCACCAGAAGGCGCGCUGGCGGGCGACCAACCGCGAGACGCUGUCGAGGAUCAUCGAGCAGACGGGCGCUGCCAUUACCACGCGCGGCGUGUUUGCGCCCGAGGGCGAGCGCAAGCUGUACUUGUCGAUUGAGGCCGACUCGGAGCGGGCGGUCGAGCUGGCGCGCAACGAGCUCAAGCGCAUCCUCACUGAGGCCACGCUGCACAUCAUGGAGCAGGAGGCCCGGGGUGGGUCGGGCAGGUACUCGGUGGUGUAGGUGGUGCCAACGUCACCAUCACGGUAAUUAUGUCAGUGGAAAGGGCCCAGAGGCUUAGUGGGCACCAGUCUGUCUCUCAUGACCGAGGGGCAAUUAGAUGCACACUGGCUGAUGCAUGGCGGGGAGUCCGCAUGACUUGAUGGCGAAUAAACGGAAAGCGGACUGGGGGGAGACGAGCUUUGAUGCCUGAGACAGGAGGCCUAGACUAAGGCCCAGCAUAUAAAGGACGCCUAUGUCGCGGCCCUCUCUCCAGACGACAAGCAACAAACCUAUUCUUCUUUUAUCCAACCCCCCGAGCAACUAUUAUCCCCCUUAUUCAAGUGUAUUUCAAGACCUCCUCUGUAUUAAUAACCCUCACGAUGGACCCCAGCAGCAACCUCAAGGCCGGCCACGCACCCGCGGUGUUUGCCGGCGGGCGGCGCAAGUCGCAGUCGAGCUACGUGCCGACGUUCAAGAAGCCGUCGGAGGAGAAGACGGCCAAGGAUGCGCGCGA